AUGUGCAGCGAAGCUCGCCUUGCUCGAUUUGUGUUUCAGGCUGAAAUUGUCACAUCGAGCGAGAAGGCGCCCAGCACAGCUGCUGCGCUUGCCAGCGUUGAGUCCAACCUUUCAGGAGAUCAUCGUCAAGACAGCCGAAGAUCCAAAUGGUCGACUGGUCUUGGGACCAAACGAACCGAUUUUCCUGAGGAGCAUCGAUCCAGCAAAAUCACCUUCCGACGUUGUUUGGACAUUCGCCGCGCCUUGGAGGACGGCUUGUCGGUGCUAGAUGAUUUGACGCAGCUCAUGCCUCAAAUGGCGCGACAAUGUGCCACAACGAGAUCUCACGUUUACUUCGCCGGGGAUGCGAAAUUGCAGGUUGACACACUUACACGAGCCGGCGGUUCUCAGCUCACUACAGCUUGGACCCGAGCACUGAACCCUUUCAAGCAUAUCCCGGGCCUGUAUGAUGAGGAGAUUCUGAAGAAUUUCAUCACGACAAAGCCAUCUACAAAGCCGCAUGUGUUCAGCACAUCAAACGCGUCGUAUCGCGGUAUUUGUGAUCGCCACAAGUCCCAGACGGUUCUCAUCAGCGGAGAGUCCGGUGCAGGCAAGACGGAGACCACAAAGUUUGUGAUGAAGUUUCUAGCCCUUGCAGGAUCUGCCGACGGUCAGGUUACCGAUGUGGAAAAGCAGGUGUUGGAGUCAAAUCCUUUGCUCGAAGCUUUUGGGAAUGCCCGAACCCUCCGGAAUGACAACUCCAGUCGCUUUGGAAAGUUCAUCGAGCUUCAGUCCGGGUCCCGAUUCCACAUCGGUGCUCUGCUGUGGUGUGCGCAUUGCAGGUACAGUGUCAGUUUGCUCAGUCAGCCUCACCUCGGCAUUAGCAUCCCAAUUUCCUUCUAUACACCUUGCACUGUCCCGGUCUCUUAA